GCAGGCGGGCGGGCGGGUCUGCUGCCCUAACAGAGAAGCCGCACUCUCCGCGGAUCCCUUCGCGCAGCCCCCCCAAUGGCUCCAGACGAUGGGACCGAGUGGCUUCUGCAGCUGCUGAGUGAAAUCCAGCUGGAACAGUUUUACACCAGGAUCCGAGAUGAGCUUCACGUCACCCGCCCGGGCCAUUUUGACUACGUCAAGCCCCUUGACCUAGACCGCAUUGGCAUGGGGCGCCCAGGGCAGCGUCGACUCGAAGAGGCCUUGAAGCGCAGGAAGGGCCAAGGCCAAGGCCAGCGGCCCAGGUCCUGGGUCUACAAGAUGUUCACAGGAGGGCGAAGUCCAGAAAGCGAAGAAACGCUGAACUCCCAGCCCUCGGCUGCUCCCCGGCUGGAUACGGACGCCUCCCUCAAAUGCUUGAUCAGCGAGUGGGAUCUCCAGCUCUGCGAGCGGCUGGGGGACGGCUGCUUCGGGGUCGUGCACCGUGCGGAGUGGCACGCUCCUGGGGGGGCCCUGAUCCCCGUGGCCGUGAAGACGCUGCGGUCAGACGUCUCCUCCGAUCCAGGGGCGCUGAUUGACUUCCUCAAUGAGGUCAACGCCAUGUGCUGCCUGGACCACCCCCAUCUCCUCCGCCUCCAUGGCGUGGUGCUCACCCAGCCCCUCAAGAUGGUAACGGAGUUGGCCACGCUGGGUUCUCUGUACGACCGCCUCCACCCUCCGUUUCCCCUGCACCAGCUCUGGAGCUACGCGGCUCAGGUCGCGGGGGCCAUGGCCUACCUGGAGUCCAAGCUCUUCAUCCAUCGGGACCUGGCCGCCCGCAACAUUCUCCUGGUCUCCGAGGAGCAUGCCAAGAUUGGAGAUUUUGGCCUCAUGCGGCCAUUGUCCAGCAAGAGUGACCGCUACGUCAUGUCAGCCCACCGGCGCAUCCCGUUCGCCUGGUGUGCCCCAGAGAGUCUGCGCCUGGGCAUCUUCACCAGCGCCUCUGACGUCUGGAUGUUUGGAGUCACCCUCUGGGAGAUGUUUUCCUACUGCGAAGAGCCCUGGAUGGGUUUGACCGGGAGGCAGAUCAUGAUCAAAAUAGACAGAGAAGGUGGGCGGCUCGAAAGGACUGAUGAUUGUCCGAGGGGCAUCUACUCUCUGGCCCUGAAAUGCUGGGCCCACAACCCCGAGGAGAGGCCGAAGUUCCGGGACAUCGUCCACCUGUUGCAGGAGGUCCGUCCCAAAGAGGUGAAGGCCUCCCGCAGCUUGAGUGAUCCCGGGUGGCUGAGGGUGGAAGUGAACGACGUGGUCACGAUUAUCGAAGGCAGCCCUGAACCGUCCACCUGGCGAGGGCAGAAUAAACGGACGCUGAAAGUUGGCAUUUUCCCAUCUUCCAUCGUGACGGCAGAGGAAGGGGCGCCCCCUGUAGGGGCCCCGCGGAUCAGCCUCCCCAUCCGAAGCUCCUUGCUCCACCUGAGUCAUGGGGACAUCGACCCUGAUCGAGGAUGGGGGGGUCAAGACCAGAAGGAGGAGAAAAAAACAAAAUUGCGUGGGGGGAACCCAAGCAAGGGCAAGCAGUUGCUGCAACUGGCACGCCUCUCCAAAAGCUUGGAGUCCAUUUCCGAGUUGACCAUCUUGCGCCACAAGCCGAGGUUCCCGCCCUUCAGGACGGACUUGCCCAGCGGGGCUGCCCAGCGGCGUUUCAGCGACCUUCCGGUGCCCCUCCCUUCAGCCCCACCGCCUGAGAAUCGCGGCCCCCCCAAGCCUGCCUCCCGCUUCCCGAACCCGGCCCUGCCUUCCUGGGCCCUGCCCAAGGUGGACGCCCCCGUGCCCAGGGAGAAGGACCAGCGGAUGCCCAGGCCGGUCCCCAAAGGAGCUGUGGGGCCGCCCCCCUCUGGUGGGCAAAGGCUGACCAUGAGCGAGAUCGAGAAGAAGAUCAAGGAGGUGGAAGAACGGGUCCACGGGGUGACAACCGAGGAAUGCCACGAGGCCUUGAGGGUGAACAACUGGGAUGUCUCCAAAACGGUCCAGAUGCUGAAGGUCAACCAGCUGUUCAACGUCAGCUCCCUCUCCUGGGAGGAAUGCCGGCGGAUCCUGGAGAAGCACCGCUGGAACCUCGCCAUGGCCUCGCGCUACGUCCUCAGCCGGGGGCUUCGGACCUGAGCAGCCACAGGUGGCCGUGGGAUCCCCGCUCGCCUUCUCCGGCGCCUAGGGAAUGUCUUAAACAGUCCAGAAGUGCCCAGCUGUUGUUAAUGGCGGACCUACGUACAGAACAGCACAAGCGUGCGUUAAAACUGGAG